AUGGCCCAUAUCGGCCGCGUAGCCAAUCAGGACAACCGCCACUGCCACAAGGGCAGCACCGGACGCUAUGAAAGGGACACGCCUUCCGAGCUUGUCGCUGAAGUAGCCGACAAUGGGCUGGACGAGCAGGCCCGAUAUGGGCCCAACGAUGGAGGCCCAUUGGUGGGCCACCCCAAGAAGCUGUGUGUAGGUUGGAGGGCCCACCCGAAUUGGAGCCCGGCUGCUAUGGACGCGAUUAGGAUAAUGUGUAGAGUCGACCCGCCGCCCGACCCGUUUUCGACCUCCAACAUAGUUCUUUCGUUUCGAGGAUCGUACUUGACUAUUUAA